UCUCGCUCUCUCUCUCUCGCUCUCAUAGAAUCCGUUUGUGUUUUGUUAUUCAAAAAGGAGCUGGGCAGCAAUGGCCGGAAAAGCAGCAAAAUCUGUAGUAAAAGCGGUUGGAGAAUACCAGUAUCCAUGGCGAGAGAAGUUGGCAAAAUAUAAGGAUGAGCUCUCCAAGGGAGUUUGGGGUUAUUGGGAGCUGGGGGCAUGGAAACCACUUGGUGUCAGUGCCCGACGUCGAGCUCGUCUCCGCAAAGAAGUUCUACUUGCUGGAGAAGAUUGGUCAUAUGAUCCUGAAAGGAAAGAAAUGAGAACCAAGAGGAAAGGGCAUAAAUGUGAUAGAAUUGCUGCCGAAAAACGGGCCAAUACUGAGGAAUUAAUGCAGAAAAUGCCACAGUUGUUGGCGGAUUAUAGGAAGAGGAAGUGGGAGAAAAAGAUGAAUGAAGAGGAUGCUGCCGCUAAAAAAGUAUAGGUUCAAUUUUGCUAUUUCCUUCAUCAAACUGUUCUGUGAGAUCUUUGCUUUCUUGGUAAUAUGCUCAAUCGUACUGCAUUCCUUGGAUGUUUAUUCGAUGGAUUUUUUGGUUCUUUGCCUUUUCUUUUCCCUUCCCCCUUUCUGUACCAAGUUACUGAUCAAAUAUAACAAUGAUGGGGGAUUUUCCAUUUUACAAGACUGUCAAUUUAGAAGGUUUUUUGGGAGUU